UAUUCUUUCUUUUUUCUUCAUCUUCUCUUUUAUCUCUGAAGUCAACUCAAGCUUAAUUCAACUUUCCUCUUCCUUCAACUUCUUCACCAUCAGCAUUCUCUUCAAUCUUCUCUUUUUUUGGAUACUAUGGUGUCUUCUUUUGCUUGCUUGUGGCAAUAAGAAUAACCCCAGUUUAUUUACCCCACGAUUCUGCUAUCUCCAUCCUCUCUCUUUUUUCACACAUCCAACAAACAAAGAAACAAACACCAUUUAUAUGCAACCCUCCAACAUGUAUUUAACUAUUCUCUUUCAACACUUCUGAGAAAAACCAUUCACUCCCCCCUUCUCCUUCUGCUUCUCUUUCACUCCCAAAUAUCAGAUCUUUGCAUUUGUUUUUGGAAAUUCCCCAUAACAAACUCUCUCUCUCUCUCUCUCUCUCUCUCUCUCUCUCUCUCUCUCUCUCUCUCUCUUCUUAAAUCCAAAAAAUUCAAAAGAUUCUGAUUUGAAUUCUCUUUCUCUCUUCAUAUUACAACUAGUCCACCCUCUUCUUUGCCCACCAAUUUCUUGUCUCAAAAUCUUCAAAGUUACAAACUUUUUCUGUCCCAAGCACUAAAAAUCGUGUCUUUCAUCAACAAAUCUCAGUUUUUCCCAACUGGGUAUUUAAAUUUAUACCCGUUUUUUUCUUUCAAAUUCAGAAAACCGCAGUGUCUUCAUCACUCGAGGGACCAAAGUUAGCGUCUUUUUGCCACGAAAGCCUCACUUUCAGGGAUCCGUGCGAGAGGGAAAUGUGGGAUGUUUUCGUGGUUGGCAAGGAUAGUUUCAGCGUGCUUGAGACCAGUGAGACGAUAUGCGCGUAUGAGCAAGGAUGAUUUCAAUGAUGACUCUUCCACCAAUGAAGAUGCUCUCUUGUGGUGCAGGGACCUUGAGAAGCACUCUUGUGGUGAGUUCUCCUUCGCAGUGGUUCAGGCCAAUGAAGUUAUUGAGGAUCAUAGCCAGGUUGAGACCGGUUCUGAUGCCGUCUUUGUUGGAGUCUAUGAUGGCCAUGGUGGUCCCGAAGCUUCCCGGUUCAUCAAUGACCACCUCUUCCAUAAUCUUAUGAGUGAAAGUAAUGAAAGUUUUGUGUCGAAUCUCAUUACAGGGGUUGCUCAAGAAAAUGGUUCUAUCUCUGAAGACAUUAUUAGGAAUGCUGUUUCUGAUACUGAGGAUGGGUUUCUGACUCUUGUUCGAAGGAGUUAUGGAAUAAAGCCAUUGAUAGCAGCAAUGGGAUCCUGUUGUCUGGUUGGUGUUAUCUGGAAAGGGACAUUAUAUAUCGCUAAUCUUGGAGACUCUCGUGCUGUAAUUGGUUCUAUAGGUGGAUCUAACAAGAUCAUUGCUGAACAGUUGACCAGAGAGCACAACGCUAGCAAAGAGGAGGUUAGGCGAGAACUCAAGUCUUUGCACCCGGAAGAUUCACAAAUUGUAGUUAUGAAGCAUGGAACAUGGCGCAUUAAAGGCAUCAUCCAGGUAUCCAGAUCUAUAGGAGAUGCAUAUUUGAAGCAGCCAGAGUUCUCUUUUGAUCCUUCAUUCCCACGGUUCCACCUGCCUGAACCUAUUCGCCGACCUGUGCUAACCGCAGAACCAUCUGUAUGUUCAAGAGUUUUACAGCCUAAUGAUAAAUUCAUCAUAUUUGCAUCUGAUGGACUUUGGGAACACAUGACAAAUCAGGAAGCUGCUGAGAUUGUUCAUAAAAGCCCGCGAACUGGUAUUGCAAGAAGACUUCUUAGGGCUGCUUUGAAUGAGGCAGCUAGGAAAAGGGAAAUGAGAUAUAAAGACCUUCAGAAGGUUGAAAAGGGGAUUAGGCGUUUUUUCCAUGAUGAUAUCACAGUGGUUGUUGUCUUCAUUGACCAUGAGUUGCUUGGGAAGAAGGUUACAGUUCCUGAGUUGUCCAUCAAAGGAUUUAUUGACUCAGUUGGACCAUCAAACUUUAGAAGUUUCCGGGAAUUGGAAUGAGUGCAAGUUUCAUUUCUAGAUUUAUAGCCAACAAACUUGACUUUCCCUGCCUGAUUAUCCAAAAGGAAGCUAAAACAUUAUUCAACACUUCAUUUGACAUUUUUGCAGCAUCUCAUUGUUGUUUGUUUUAAACAUGUCUUUUGACCUUUCAAGGUUCUUCCUUGCUUAACUUUCAAGGCAAACCUUGUCUAUUAGAUAUACUUUUACCGGUGAUAACUGAGGUAAGCCAUGUUUUUCUCUUCAUUUGGGGUGGGGGGUUCCUUGAUGGUGAUAGACUUUGCAGUGUGACAGUUUAUAUACUUUCUUUGUUUGAAUAAUGUUGAUAAU